AUGUAUCACAAAACUUUUAUCAAGCUUGGUUUUACCGAUUCGUACCUGUCCCCGGCUAAGUACCCGUUAUUCAGCUUCAAUGCUAACCCGGAGUAUCCUUUGGGCAAGAUCACACUACCAGUGCAGGCCGGCACCAGAUCAGUAAACGUAGAGUUUUUGGUUGUCAAGCUCCCUUCACUGUAUAAUCUGAUCAUGGACAGAACUUGGUUACAUACAAUGCAAGCCGUGCCAAGCACCUACCACCAACUGCUUCGUUUUUCGACUGAAUGCGGUAUUGAACAAAUUCGCGGCUCUCAGAAAUCGACACAGGCAUGCUAUCUUCUAGCUACAAAGAAACCAAAAGAACUGGAAGUGCAUUCAAUUGAGGUACCGGAUAGGGAGAGCCUCGAAGACAUUAUUGGGAUCCCAAGUGAAAAAGCAACCGAAGCCCUGCAUCAGAUCGAAAUUGACGGAAAUCUUGACAAGUUCUUCAUGAUCGGCGCUUUCUUGGAUAAAGUCCAAAGGCAAGAGUUGGUAGCCUUCUUACUCGGCAAUAUUGAUGUAGUUGCAUGGUCCCAAUACGAGAUGCCAGAAGUAGACCCAUCAGUGGCCCAACACCGCUUGAACGUCGAUCCAAAAUGUAAGCUGAUUAUUCAGAGAAGCCGGCGGUCAGCCGUGGGGCAUGGCUCGGCCGUCAUUGAAGAAGUAGAUCAGUUACUUGACAUCGGGGCGAUUUGUGAAGUAACUUAUCCUACAUGGUUGUCCAAUAUUGUGGUCGUUAAGAAGAAGAAUGGCUCUUGGCGUGUCUGUGUGGAUUCUACGGAUUUGCACAAAGCUUGUCCCAAGGACUAUUUUUCCCUGCUCAGAAUAGACAAAUUGGUAGAUGCAAUGGCACAUCAUUAA